CGCAACAAGCUCUUUAUUCGUUUCGGCGUGCUUCAAGUCAACAGUCUUCAAAAAAAAAAAAAAAAAAAAAAAACAUCAAAGCUUUUCCCGGAUUUUUGUGUGACAUCAACAACUGUCAUUCAAACAGGGACGGACUGAUUUUUCUUUUGCGUUGGACGUAUUGAGCUCGUUGUUUCAGUAGAUCUUAAUCUCCCUAGGCAGCCACACUUGUUCUCUAUGGGAAGAGAUUUGCAAGCCUGAGCAGCGCACACAAAGGUUCCCGUCGCCGCUGCUGGGAAUUUUCACCACAAACUGCUAGAGUCGAUCAAUUGAGAAGUCACAUCGUGAGGGAAGACACAUUAGUAGUAGUAGGUGAGAGAAGCAAAUAUGGUUCACACCUGUGAGUCAGCCUCCUUGCAAAACGAUGGACAGGAGCUCCAGAAGUCGAGUGACCAAUCGUGGAACGAGAUCACGGCCGGUUUCGUCACCAGGACCAAAGUCCACGGUUUGAAGUUUAUGUUCUCGCCGCACAAAUCCAAGCUGCAGCGGGGGACCUGGGUCGUGGCCUUCUUGGUGUGCGUCGCCCUCCUCCUCACUUGGUCCAGGAACAGAAUCCUCUACCUUAUGUGCUACCCCGUUGUGACAAAGAUCUACAUUGUUUGGGCUCACGACAUGUCCUUCCCGGCCGUCACCUUCUGCAACAAGAAUGUGUUUCGUGCGUCCACUCUGACCAGAGAUGACCUGUAUCACAGCGGCUACUGGAUGGACCUCAUGUACGCCAACGGCACGGUGAUGGAGAGGAGCCUGGCCAUCCUGAAGGAGAGCCACAAGCAGGGUCUGCUGAGCCUGCUGGACUUCAGCGGCUACGCCCGGCCGCCCCAUUACCGCGUCAACACCACAGAGAUGAUUGCUCGCCUCGGACACCAGCUGGAGGACAUGCUGCUGGAGUGCAGGUUCCGUGGUGAGACCUGCACCGCCAAGAACUUCAGCACUAUCUACACGCGCUACGGGAAAUGCUACACUUUCAACUCGGGGCAAGAUGGCAACCCCCUGCUGACCACCUUGAAAGGAGGCACGGGGAACGGCUUGGAGAUCAUGCUGGACAUUCAACAAGAUGAAUAUCUUCCUGUGUGGGGGGAAACAGCAUGGUGUGCUGCAGCACUCAGCAUCCCUGCCAGUGAAAGGAGGGGGGCAGGGAACAAAACAAUCCCACACACAAAAAAACAUGUUUCCACAGGCAAGUUGGGUCCGAUAAAUGUGUGGCGUGCUGUAUGUAUAUCCACAGAUGAGACCUCCUACGAAGCGGGAAUCAAGGUUCAGAUCCACAGCCAGGACGAGCCGCCCUUCAUUGACCAGCUGGGAUUUGGCGUGGCCCCUGGUUUUCAAACUUUUGUGUCAUGUCAGCAGCAACUGCUUCAGUACCUCCCUCCGCCUUGGGGAGACUGUAAGUCGACUCCCAUCGACUCGGAGUUCUUCUCCACGUACAGCAUCACCGCCUGCCGCAUCGACUGCGAAACCCGCUACCUGCUGGAGAACUGCAACUGCAGAAUGGUCCACAUGCCGGGCACUUCCACUGUCUGCACACCCGAACAGUACAAAGACUGCGCUGAUCCAGCGUUAGACUUUUUGGUAGAGAAAGACAACGAUUACUGUGUGUGUCAGACCCCCUGCAACAUGACUCGCUAUGGCAAGGAGCUGUCCAUGGUUAAGAUCCCCAGUAAGGCAUCCGCUAAGUAUCUGGCUAAGAAAUUCAACAAAACUGAGCAGUAUAUCGGAGAAAACAUAUUGGUUUUGGACAUCUUCUUCGAAGCUCUGAACUACGAGAAGAUCGAGCAGAAGAAGGCCUACGAAAUUGCCGGGCUCCUCGGUGACAUCGGAGGGCAGAUGGGUCUGUUUAUAGGAGCCAGCGUGUUGACAAUACUGGAAAUAUUCGACUACUUAUACGAGGUGUUCAAGGACAAAGUUUUGGGUUACUGCAUGCGCAAGAAGCGACCACAGCGCUGUCAGAGUGACAACCUGGAGUUUCCAGAGAACCCAAGCAGGCCUGGUGUCACGCCUAAUCAUGCCCCCAGUCCCAAUGUGUCCAAAAGGGAAGUGAAGUUGCUACGUGACCAGGAAGACAAACACGUGACCUGCUAUGUGUAGCACUCCUGCAGCAUCUCCUCCAGAGUGGCCAGGGCAGAAGGAGUUUACUGAUUUGUUGCCUUUUAGCUUAAAUCCAUCACAUCAAAUGUUAAUCAUUAAAACAAAACAAAAAACAACAACAACAACUGUGAUCAUUCACUGUGUGUACGCUAACGUCCCACUAGCUCAUAAUUAUUAUUUUUUUUGGUUCUGGUUAUUGAGAGGGAAUGCUGAAAACAUGUUUCUUUGCCUUUCUUAAUGUCAAUUGUGUCUUAGCUCAACGGUACGAAGGAGUAUUAGGGCCAUGCUGAAAAGACAAAAAUGGUACAAUUAUGAGGGGGGGGGGGGGGGGGGGGGUUUAUCAGAAUAAAGUCAUAAUGCACAAAUAAAAUCCAUUUUUUUUGCCCCCAUGGAUAAAAAACACAAAUGUAAACCAAUGCAACAGUCUCCCUCAAGACUAUAAUAAAAUAUUAAUCACAGUGUCAUAAAGUUUCUUUCAAACGCAUUUACAAUUAAAAUCUCAUAAACGUGUAUUUUUGUAAAAUUAUGACUGGAUAAUUUGUAGUUAAAAUUAUUUUCAUUCUAUUCCAACUUUAUUCUCUGAUUCCCACUUUUUCUUGUAUUUUUGUUAAUUAUGACAUGGUUUCUAUAAAACUGACUUUUUCCCAUUAAUUAUGACUCACUGCCCUUGUAAAAUGGAAGGAUGGUGACUAUUCUCAUUAAAAAAUGACUCAUACUUUUUCAUAUUCCAAUCUUAUUUCAGUAAAAUCACUUUAUUUUUCACUAUUUCAAGCAAAAAAAAUUUUUUUUGUAAAACUGACGUUUUCCUAAAAAAAUAUGACUACUCUUAGGAAAUUAAAACAACUUUCUCAUUAUAUUACAAAUUUCCCUCCAUAAAAUUAUGACUCUCCUUGGAAGAUUAUAACUUGUAAAAAUGUAAAGAAAAAUAUAUAUUUAUAUAUUUUGCAAUAUUAGGAUAUUUUCUGACAUUUAUUGUCAUAAAAUUUUGACUUUCUGACUUUAUCAUCUUAAAAAUACACAUUUCUGUAAUAAUCAGAAAUAUAAUUUUUUUUUUUUUUUGUAAAUUUACGACAUCCUUGUGAAAUUGGUGAUUGUUUUUGAGGGGAGUUUAACGACUUGCAUAUACAUUUUUCUUCGUAACAUAUGCCGGUAACCAGGCAAAGACUUUGCAUAUAAUUAUUUCACUAUUACGAGUUUAUCAUAAGAGUGAAAAGUUUUGUAGUAUUGUGACUUUUUUUGAAGGGGGGAUUGUGACUUUCCAGCGAUUUAUUGAUUUCAUUCUCUAAAUGACUGCGUUAUCAUGCAAAUUUAUUCUUGCAAAAAGUAUUUUUUUUGAUUAUACAGUAAACACGUAUUUUAUAUAUAACAGUUAAUUCCUGCAGAUUCAUGAGGGGGAAAAAAUUGCGCAAUCCUAUGACUUUAUUCUCCCAAAAGUACAAAUUGGAAGUCUCCAUGUGAAACUGCAAAUGUAAUUCACGUUUCCUUUCUUUGUCUGACUUUAUUGUCGCAGCGUUACUGUUGUUCUCGGUGUGGCCCCGAUACUUCUUCAUACGUCUAAUCAGCACAAUGCCUUGUGAUUAGUCAUCUAUUGUCUAUAGAAGCUCAGUUAAAAUGGUGAACUGAAGCGUGUAUAUAACCACAAUCAAUUGCCAUGAAGAAAUUCUAUACUACUCAUUCAUGUCAUGUACAAAUAGAGGUAUUUAUAGAUCUAGACAGACUGUUUCUAUGUUUGCUUUCACCACAGUGAUGUAGACCAUAAGUGUCUUGGUGAUUAGCAUCAACGUGACUGAGAGUCAUCGACGUUUUGACGCGCACAUUCGGUUCCUUAACGACACAAACGCAUUGUACAAUUCCACCGUUGUAUCCUGUUGUUAAUUCUUCUUCUUAAAUAUUCCAAAACAUGUAACGAGUCACAAAUGACACUUUUGUGAUGUAACAAUGAUCAAGUAUAAUAAAGCCGAUA